GACGUUCGACUCGUGUUCGGCUCUUGUAAACAAGGUCAAGUGUUCGCUGCGGUCUUCAUUCUCCACUUGACUCGCUAGACACUUUCUGACACUUUCUCCUGCGAAGGAUCCAUCCAGCGACACAGCACACCUCCUGCAGGAUUUCUGUGAGCACCAGCCAUGAUGAUGCAGUGUCUUCAGUUUCUGGUCGAACCAACCAAGAACAUUGCAGAGAAGUUUAAGGAUUUUCGUAAGAAGGCGAAGAAUGAAAAGAGAGAACCGCUGGAUGAGAGCCAGCAGUUCAUUGUGGACCUCGCCAAGGAUCUGGGACGCGUCUGUCAGAGGUCGGAGGUUUUGGAGCACGUCUCAAAUAGUGAGGAUGUUUGGCCGACUCUCGCCUGCAGGGCCUUCCUUCUGGAGUGGGCAUCUCUGCUAGAGAGCAAGAAAAGACCAAUGCAGACGGACGGCUGGCCAGAGAGCAGCGACUGGAAGGAUCAGGACAUAGAGAACGCCAAGAGACUUAUCCUCACCUGGACCAAAGACCUGAGGGCCCAACCUGAGCAAAGUGUCUGGCCUGGAGAGCAGGUGGUGGCAGUUUUGGAUGACUUCGAGACGCACUGGAAAAGAGGACGGAUGUCCACCCUGCAGUCGGCCGUUGAGCUGGUGUUCUGGACACUCAUCAACAAAGAACUAGACAAGGAAAACAUUCCCCAAAAGUGGCUCAUGUGGAAACAGAGGAGCCAGAAAAUAGGUGCCACCCCAUAUAUUCCUCACAUUGUAUGGGACUGGAUCUGUGAUGCAGGAGUGGAGGUGACCCUUGACCUGGACACGGCCAAUCCCGACCUGCUGAUCUCCGAGGACGAGAGGCGCAUGCGCUGUGGUUUCAAGCGCAAAGACGUGCCCAACUAUCACCAGCGCUUCGACGGUUGGUGGUGCGCGGUCGGGUCCGAAGGCUUCGCCUCUGGCCGCCAGUACUGGGAGGUGGAUGUUGGAGAAAUGGACUGGCGUAUCGGCGUGGCGAAAGAGUCAGCUUUACGUAAGGGCUUCAAGUCCCUGAACACCGACACGGGAUACCUGAGCCUUCGGCUGGAGCGCGGCACGGAGCUGAAGGCCCUCACCGUGCCCUUCACCGGCCUGCCGGCCUCCUUAAUUCCUCGAAAGGUCGGCGUCUACCUUGACUUCGGCCUGGGCCAGCUGUCCUUCUAUGACGUGGAGAACCGCUCGCACAUCUACACCUACAACGAGACAUUCGACGAGAAGCUCUUCCCGCUCUUCGGAACGGUGGAGAUCGGGAAGGACCUGGUGGUCAAAUCUCCGGGGAACAGGAGCCAAUGCCUGUGUCCCGCGAUGUGCCUGUGGGGUUGAGGUCCCAUCGACUCCAACCAGAGCCCAGUGCUUAAUCUCUAGAGCAGUGGUUCUCAACCGGUCGCAGCCUGAAAAAUGUUACGCUUCGUUCAGAGAGAUAGCAGGGGCAAACAUGCAAAAAAGUGCAACAAAUACAUUUUUAUGAAGUAUACUUUGGGCUUCCCACUCCUAGCGGAAGAAAGCUGUGUUCUGUGAAUAAGACGUCGGAUUCAUUAGUCGCCAUUGGUUAAUAACUAGAAAAUAGGGUAAAAACUAUUUGCGCUAUAAACCAUGAGU